AUGACAGAGUUCUUCCUCGCUCAACUUCCUAGAGUCGCAAAGGAAGAACUAUCCGAAGAAAAAGCCUGCAUUAUAUGCCACGAAGAAUACGGUACGGCACCCUCAGAUAGCGAGCCUGCCGAGGAAGCAGUGCGUCUACCAUGCCCAGGUGGACACAUAUUCGGAUCCAACUGUAUCUCGUCUUGGUUUUCAUCUGACAUGAACAGACACUCCUGCCCAUACUGCCGAACCGAGUUUCUCGCCGCGACCGUUCUAGGCGACCACGGAGACCGAUUCGAGCGCUGGCUCGACCAGUGGCAUGUUUUCAGCUCGUACUUAGGAAGCGUAGGGGCUGCUCCGGAUCUCAUGCAACAAUGGCAACAAUGGUUCGUGCAAUGGGGCAGGGCAGCAAUCGACGUAAACGAGGAGGCCGUAACCCACGCGAGGACGGCCCGCGAAGACCUUUUCAGACGAACAGGAUGGUCGGAGGUGCCAGCAGAUACAAGGACAGUGUGCUGGUCUGAAACAGAAUCGGAUACUGAACUCGAGCCACUGGCAUCAGCGAUCCGAACUCUGUCCUUCCGGGAGUUAUACCUCUACGUGAUACGUCAUUCAACCCUCCGCUUCACUCCGGACUUGCUGAACGGGCCUCCACGUCGGCUGUCUGGUGAGCGUGAAGCCUCUAUAUUUCGACGUCUGUGCGGGAUGGGAGCUUUUAGGGGUGUUCUCGAUGAGGUGCAGAGUAACAACGAAAGAUGGCACAUACUUCGCUCGCAGGGUUAUGUUUUCGAUGAAACGCGGCUGUUCCUCGAGGUCGCAGAAGGGGGGCGGAUGGGUCAAGCAGGAUGGAUGACCAAUCCUCGAGAGCCUAUUAGCCCCACCACUGGCAGUGGAUUACUGGAACAUGCGGAUGUUCUGCAACAGAUCGACUACGCGUUGUCGGGCAACUGUCGAGAAACCACAGUGCUGGACGUGCGGACAAAUAUCACAUAUCUUUGA